AUGGCGCUGAGGACAGCCCUUACCUUGUUCCUCAUCGGGGUUGUGGAUUGUUGGCAUGAUCUGGACAACACAGAGUAUGACUGUUGGCCCAUUUUACAGCCAAAUGACUAUAAUAUGAUUGACUGUGGGGGACUUGAGAUGGGAUGGGUCCAACGUCCUCCAGAGAAAGUGACCAAUGGGGAAGAGUUUAACGUCACCUAUUCUGUCACUGCGGCAGAUUCCUUCUACGAGUAUGCAGUCAAAAACAAGAUCUUCAAGUCAUCUCAUUUCAGCAAUGCAUCUGAGGCCAAGAGGUUCUGUCAUGAGCAGGAGUGUCCCUCGAACUGGAACAACGCCAAUGAACACAACUGUUGUGUGUACCACGCCAAUAUCCACUCCUGCCCUCUUGCUCUGAUGAGGCAAGGGGGGAUCUGUGGCCCUUGGAUCCCAGAUGAUGGCAAGAUUGUGACACAUACUGUAUCCAAGGCAGGCAAGAUGAGCCAGCAGUACUGGACAUCGAAGGUGGUCUUAGUCCAUGUAGGGGUGACCUCAGUGAUUGCUCAUAUCAAAGUGGGACAGAUGCACGCAGCAUUGGAGUCCAAGGUUCUGGUCGUCAGUGCACAAGUGUGUGGUGAUGACAUCUGUGAGCUGGAAGAGAGCUGUCUCACCUGCCCGGCAGACUGCGGGGUCUGCCCCAUGUCCAUCACUAUUAAGGUCGCCAUUGGACUCCCAGUCGCCUUGUUCUGCAGUGGAUUCAUCUUAACCAUGGUGUGGCUUCAAUACCAAAAACAGAAGAUGUUUUGGGAUGAAAGCUGGAUCAUCAACUAUAAAAACAUCAUGUUUGGUAAAGUGUGUUACAUGGGGUUCUGCAGCACGACCAGCCUCCAGCCAGUGAAGAGUCACUCCAGUGUGAGCAGGACUACAGAUGUCACCGUGUGCACUGUAGCCAACACCACCUUCAAACAGGGCUUCAUCCAGCCAGGCAUUUACGAUGGAAGAACGGUGGCGGUGAAACACAUACAGAAGAAACAUUUCACACUGUCCAAAACAAUCAGGAAGGAAGUUAAGGAAGUGCGGGAGCUGGAUCACCCCAACCUGUGUAAAUUUAUUGGUGGAUCCAUUGAAGUUCCUUACGUAAGCAUCAUCACAGAAUAUUGUCCCAAGGGGAGCCUGGCUGAUGUGCUUUUGAAUGAAGAUGUUCCAAUCAAUUGGGGGUUUCGGUUGUCCUUUGCUACUGACAUAGCCCGUGGGAUGGCAUACCUCCACCAACACAAGACGUUUCAUGGGAGACUUCACUCUAGAAAUUGUAUCAUUGAUGAUCGCUGGGUUUGUAAGAUUUCAGACUAUGGCCUUGCAGCUUACAGAAAAGAAGAUUUUGAACCAGUCAGUAAUGGUUUCCACUGUGAAAACAUUUGCCGCAUAUACUGUGCUCCAGAAGUCCUGCUGGGCACCAGCCUCAGUGUCACUCCAACAGCUGACGUAUACAGUUACUCUAUUAUCCUGGUUGAGAUAGCAACUCGCUGUGACCUUAUUUCAACAGAGGCUGUGAAGUUGGAUGUUAUGUGGCGCCCUCCUCUCCCUGAACUGAAAACUGGGAAAUCAGACAAUGAUUGUCCAAACGAGGCAGAUUAUUGUGAGCUGAUCAAGAAGUGCUGGUCUCAUAAUAUUGCCAUGAGGCCAACCUUUGAGCAAGUGAAGAAGAUGCUGGAUAAAAUGAAUCCUCACAAAGUCAGCCCCGUGGACAUGAUGAUGAAUCUGAUGGAAAAAUACAGCAAACAUUUAGAAGCUAUUGUGGCUGAAAGGACUCAGGAUCUUCUCCAAGAAAAACAGAAGACAGACCGCUUGCUUUACAGUAUGCUACCAAAGCCCGUGGCUGACGACCUUCGUCAAGGCCGUACAGCUGAGGCGCAGAGCUACUCUAAUGCUACCGUCUAUUUCAGUGACAUUGUGGGCUUCACGCAGCUCUCGGGAUCAAGCACCCCACACCAGGUGGUGGACUUCCUCAACAAGCUCUACACCACGUUCGAUGACAUCAUUGAUAAUUACGAUGUAUACAAGGUGGAGACCAUAGGAGACGCUUACAUGGUUGUCUCCGGUGUCCCAAAUGAAAAUGGCAUUAACCAUGCAGGAGAAAUAGCCAGUAUGGCUCUGGAUCUGGUUAGUGUCUGCCACACCUUUAAAAUCCCCCACAAGCCCACUACGCAGCUGAAGAUAAGAGCUGGUAUCCACUCAGGCCCUGUGGUUGCUGGUGUUGUUGGGACUAAAAUGCCACGGUAUUGUUUAUUUGGUGAUACAGUGAAUACAGCUUCCAGAAUGGAAUCAACAAGUGAAGCUUUAAAGAUCCAGUGCAGUGGCGCUACUGCAGACAUGCUGCACACUCUAGGAGGAUACAUUCUGACCUGCCGUGGCUCACUGAAUGUAAAGGGCAAGGGUGAAAUGACGACUUGGUGGCUGGAAGCCAAAAGGGGACCCUCAGAUGUAUCAGGAAAAAGUAAUGAACCUCGUGGAGUUCCAGUCCCCGUUAGCAACUGA